AUGGAAACACCAGAAGUACCUCAAGAUGCCCCUCAACUCAGUGCUCUCGCCGCGCAGAAUGCGAACGUCUCGAGAACAGUCUACGCCCAUGCAUCCGAGCGAUCGGCCACAAAGCGCCAGAAGCUAGACGACGCGUCCGAGGACCCCAUCAUCAAGAGACGGUUCCGUAACGAAUAUUCAGAUGUAGAAACUCUACCGCCAUCAAUCACUGCGAAGCUUCCAACGAAACAGCCUGGAAAGAAGGCUUCUAAGGCUGGUGUGCCUGCUCGCCCAGCCAUGAAGCUCCUUGAGGGCGCGCCUGGUUCAGGAAAGGCCUCUACUUCUGCGGCCAGGGACGAAAGUACACCACAGAACAUGAGUCUUACGACAAGAGGAGUGCAAGGCCUUCAGCAGCAGAAGCCAGAAUGGCACGCGCCUUGGAAGUUAAUGAGGGUCAUCUCUGGUCAUCUCGGUUGGGUGCGCAGUCUGGCUGUUGAACCUGGCAACAAAUGGUUUGCGAGCGGUGCAGGAGAUCGAACUAUCAAGAUUUGGGACUUGGCGACGGGCUCGCUGAGAUUGACUCUGACUGGACAUAUCAGCACUGUGCGCGGCCUUGCAGUGUCCCCUCGUCAUCCUUAUCUCUUCUCUUGUGGCGAAGAUAAGAUGGUCAAGUGCUGGGAUCUCGAGACGAACAAAGUCAUCCGUCACUACCACGGACAUCUAAGUGGCGUCUAUACUCUUGCCCUGCACCCUACCCUCGAUGUUCUGGUCACUGGUGGUCGAGAUGGUGUCGCCCGUGUCUGGGAUAUGCGAACCAGAAGCAACAUUCACGUCCUCUCAGGUCACACACAGACGGUUUCCGAUCUCGUUUGUCAAGAGGCUGACCCUCAAGUUAUCACCGGAUCUUUGGACUCGACAGUGCGACUCUGGGAUCUCGCAGCGGGCAAGACCAUGGGUGUACUAACCCAUCACAAGAAGGGUGUUCGUGCCUUAGCAACACAUCCAUCAGAGUUCACGUUUGCUAGUGGUAGCACAGGAAGUGUCAAACAAUGGAAGUGCCCUGAAGGCGCCUUCAUGCAGAACUUCGAGGGCCACAAUGCGAUUAUUAACACGAUGAGUGUUAACGAGCAAAAUGUCUUCUUUACGGGAGGCGAUAAUGGUUCCAUGAGCUUUUGGGAUUGGAAGACUGGUCAUAGAUUCCAGUCUCUUGAUACCACAGCUCAACCUGGCUCUCUUGACGCCGAGGCAGGUAUCAUGAGUUCAACAUUCGAUCGCUCUGGUCUACGUCUGAUCUGUGGCGAAGCUGAUAAAACAAUCAAAAUCUGGAAGCAAGAUGAAACAGCAACAGAAGAGUCACAUCCCCUGGAAUGGAAGCCAACUCUGGCCCGACGAAAGUUUUAA